UGCGUGCGCAACUAAAACAAAAACAUAACCUGAAAAUUAAUCAAAAUCCUAAUUUGACAGUUCUUUUGGGUAAAUGUUUUUUUUGUUGCCGAUUUCAACAAUGAAAGAAAGAAGAUAAUUGAUUUAUAUUUUAAAAAGAUUGAAAAUCUAUAAUCAAAAAUGCCAACAAUGAUAGCUUUGGACGUCUCACUUUCUAUGAGACGUCCAGUACCUGGAGCAAGUUCCACUGAAAGUUUACCAAGUGAACAAUUAACGAGACAUCACUUAGCUGUUCAGGGUAUCAAUACUCUACUUAAUUAUUUACAAACAAAUUGUAAAUUAGAAUUCGUCUCACUGGUAGUUUUUUCAUCGCUGUACGAAGUAAUUUGCCCUUUUACACGUGACUACGAUCAAAUACGAUCGCAACUACAAAAUAUUGAGGAAUGUGAUAAAACUUGUAUAGAAACAGCUCUACUUGGAGUCAAUAGUAUUAUUAUGUCCGAAUGGGGAAACUCAACAGCGUGUCAAGUAAUUUUAAUAACAGACGGUAAUCCCGGAGUGGGACCAAUGUCCUUGGGGGAUUCAUUAAAUUCACUGAAUGUCCUGAGAGAAUCAAAUCCAUUUCCCCUGCCGUUCCCCUAUCCAGGAAAAUUGACAGUUGUCUGCAUUGCUGGACAACAAGAUUCCAGCUUAACUACCGGUUUACCAUUAUAUCAACGAUUAAUCGAAUUAGCUGGAGGCGACAGCAUGGUUCUAUUACCCGAAGGACAAUUGACAAAGACAUCGGUUCAUAAUUGUUUUAAGAAAUUAGCCGAAACGACGUACAUUCCAUUUCAGGGCUACUUGAAAUGCGGUAAUUUAGGAUCGCGUGUUUUACUCUCUCCACCACCGAUCACGUACUCGAAGAAAGCAGAUUUCGAAUCAUUCACUGGUCUGACAUUAGCGAAAACAAUGGAAAUUUGUGGUUUUAUUUCCGUGGCAGAUGUUGGCAGUCCCAGUGCAGUUUCCCGUCAUCUGGUACUACCAUUGCCAACCGACAAGACAGCAAGUAUGCAAGGAAUAUCACUUGAGGAGGAAUCCGAUAACGAGGAUACUGGCGAUGAUGGUAAAAUUCCAUCGUUCUGCGUUCUAUUACACGGGGCAUUAAAGGUCGAGAAUAUGGCAGCAUUGUGUGCGUUAAAUUCAGAUUGGUACGGAUUCAUCUACUCGUGGGCGGAUUCGAAGAAAAAAUCGAAUUUAAUGCUAACAGUGUUGGAACCUGGUACAGAUAUUAUUCCUUGGUUGGGAAAUUUGAGUAAUCUCGGUCCCAUUGAAUUGACGGGUGUUAAUAGUGACGCAAGUUUUCCGGUGAAACCCACCGAGAAACGGAGUUACUCACAAAAUGCACCAUCCUGGAUACGUCAAGUUGGAUUGCAAUCUGAUAUACAAAAAAUUUUACGACACGCCAGAAAAUUACCCGAGAAGACGCAAAAUUUUUACAAGGAAUUGAAUCGACUACGAAGAGCAGCAUUGUCAAUGGGAUUUGUCGAAUUACUCGAAGGUUUAGCGUUAAUUUUCGAAAGGGAAUGCACCCUUUUGCCUCCAAAUUUACAUCCGGAUUGUACAAUUCAAAUGGGACAUGUCGCUGAUAUGUUACGAAAACCAUAUUCACGUGAAUUGAAAAAUAACAUUACUCCAGUUCGCACGAAAUUUCACCAUGGAGGAACUGAAUAAUAAAAUUUUCCACGUCCUCCAAAACAAAAUUUGUACAUUUUAUAGAAAAUUUUCAUAAUUGUAAUUUUUCAGAGAAUUUAAAAAUAUAUGCAUUUUAUUGUAA